AUGAUAAAUUUACUUUUCCAUCGUCAUCCGGAUUUAUAUGUAGACUCGUUUUUGAAUGUGGAUUUGAAGACUUUGGAUGCAGUGAUGAAUAACGUCAUAAAUAACUACAUUGCAUGGAGGAACGCUAUCUUGUUGCCAUCUACAUCUCUUCACAUUGAAGAAGAGAACGACACAACUAAGAAGCUGUCGUACUUGGGGCUCUAUCUGUUAAUAUGGGGAGAAGCUUCAAACCUCAGACUCAUGCCCGAAUGCCUCUGCUAUAUAUAUCAUCAUAUGGCUUCUGAGUUGCCUAAGAUUUCGGAAGACAACCCUAAAUUGGUAUGUAAUGAUGGAGAUGAAGCAGCCUUCUUGCGUAAAGUGGUGACUCCGAUAUACAACACAAUUGCAAAGGAAGCAAGAACAGGUAGCGGAGGGAAGCAUUCCAUUGCAAGAAACUAUGAUGACCUCAAUGAAUUUUUUUGGUACAGUAGAGUGAAAAGUGAAUGUUUGCAACUAGGGUGGCCGAUGGACACUGCUCAUCCAUUUUUUGCUCAACAAGUUGGAAAUGACGAACUUCAGCUAUCUUCGACAUAUAUCUCAGCUGGAAAGAAAGACAUCGCAUGUCAACAAAUGUUAAUUGUCAAAUACAUUUUGAUGGCAGUGAUAGGGCCGGCUCUAGUUCUUGGAUUAACUCAACUUUCCGGCUAUCCUCUCAUUGUGGUAAUUGUGAUCCAGUUAAUCCUGAAGAUAUUUCCGGCGUUGAUUUUCUGUUGGCCAUCUCUUCAAAGGGUGAAUGUAUUGAUGUGGUGGUAUCAGCCUCAGCUGUAUAUUGGAAAUGAUAUGCGUGAGAACACGUCAUUCGUAAAGUACCGAAUGUUGUUCUGGAUUGUUCUGUUAAUUCCAAAGUUUGCAUUUAGUUAUUAUGUAGAGAUUUUGCCACUUAUUGCUCCAACCAAAGAAAUCAUGCUUCUAAAUAUCUCUCUGGACCGUUUGCCAAAGUUGUUUCCUCCUGUUGUAAAUAAAAUAGCUCUCGUGUUCAGUCUCUGGUCACCUACAAUUCUAAUUUAUUUCAUGGACACUCUACUAUGGUAUGCGACAUUAUCAACUCUGGUUGGCGGUAUGAGUGGGGUUCUUAUACGUCUUGGAGAGGAUUGCUUAGUUCCAAUUGGUGCCACACAAAGUGUGAACGCUCUGUUCAACCCGAUGUGGAACACAAUAGUUGCUAGUUUCCGAGAAGAAGAUUUGAUUAACAAUUGGGAAUUGGAACUCAUGCUGAUGCCGUGUUGGAAGACUCUGGAUGCCGCAAAAAAAGAAGUGCCCCGUAUCCGCUGGCCAAUUUCUCUUGUGGCCAACAAGAUCCCAAUGGCUUUAGCAAUGGCAAAAGCUAACCAGAAUAAACUGCAACGGAAACUGGAUGCGGGCACUGACAUUUACAUGAGUGCUGCAAUUCGAGAUUGUUAUGCCUUUUUUCAGAUGAUCUUACGCAGUUUGGGCACUGGAUUUAUAAAAUAUCCAGAGGCCCUUGAGGAAAUUUUUACCACAAUCGAUGGAUAUGGAAAGAAAGGUACAUUGAUUUCGAAAUUGGAUUGGAGCGCUUGUUCUGAUUUUUAUGACCAAUUGGUUAAGCUAACCGAACAUUUGCUAAACUACGUGAAUGAGCCAUCGCCAGCCAAAGUGUCAUUGUCGAAAACUUCUUUAAUCCUUGUCAAGAUGUUUGAGGUGAUGGAAUCACUUAUGACAAAUGAAAAGUUAACAGUGCCAGGGGUAAACUUACAUAGCUAUCACGACGAAGCUCCAUAUCUGGUGGACCUUGGCACAGAAGAUUGGAAGAAAAAUCUCAAGAGGUUCUAUCUUUUACUGACACUCAAUGAUCCUGUGAUGAAUGUGCCAUCAAACAUGGAAGCUAGAAGGCGUCUUACAUUCUUUUCAAACUCACUGUUCAUGGAAAUGCCUAGAGCGCCAACAAUCAGAAACAUGGUUUCCUUUUCGGCCCUGACACCUUAUUAUUCAGAGGAUGUCAUUUUCUCCGAUGCUGGUUUGAAAGAGAAAAAUGAAGAUGGAAUGUCGAUACUCUUUUACUUGCAGAAGAACUUUUCAGAUGAAUGGAAAAACUUUCUGGAACGAGUUGGAUGCGACAAAGCGGAAAAAAUUGAUUUAAGCGAUGAUUUGAAAGUGGAGCGUCGUUUGUGGGCAUCUUACAGGGGUCAAACACUGGCCAGAACAGUGCGCGGCAUGAUGUACUACCAAAAGGCCUUGGAGCUUCAGGCCUUCUACGAUAGAGCGAGUGAUGAAGAAUUAAUGGAAGGAUACGAGUCAUCAUCCGAGACAAUCAUGGAUGCUUGUCAACAAGUUGUUAAGGAAAAAUUCAACUACGUGGUCUCAUGCCAGCAAUACGGUAUUCACAAGGGAUCUCAAGACCCACGUGCUGAAGACAUACAGAGGCUUCUGACUAUGUACCCAUAUCUGCGUGUUGCUUAUGUCGAUGAGGAGGUUAAGGGUAACCCACGUGAAGAAGGGACCUUGGAAAAAAAUUACUACUCAGUUCUCGUCGGGCCUUUACUAGUUGAACAAGAGAUAUUCAAUGAGGAGGAAAGUAAUGGAGCCCAAUAUGCUGCAUCUGAAAGGAACAAGGACGAGGAGGAAAGUGGUCGAGCGGAAUAUGCUGCAUCAGAAAGGAACAAGGACGAGGAGUGGAAGACUGAGUUGGAAUAUUUUCGGAUUAAGCUACCAGGAAAUCCAAUAAUAGGAGAAGGAAAGCCCGAAAAUCAAAACCAUGCCAUCAUUUUCACACGUGGAGAAGCCUUGCAGACAAUAGACAUGAACCAGGAUAAUUACAUGGAGGAAGCUUUCAAAAUGAGGAAUUUGCUGCAAGAACUUCAUCGAACGGAUGGAGGCCUAAGAUGCCCUACAAUACUUGGACUUAGAGUGCAUAUUUUCACUGGGAGUGUUUCUUCGCUUGCAUGGUUUAUGUCAAAUCAAGAGAAUAGCUUUGUUACUCUUGGGCAAAGGGUUCUUGCUAGCCCUUUGAAUGUACGAUUCCAUUACGGGCAUCCAGAUGUUUUUGAUCGGGUUUUUCACCUUACUAGAGGGGGUGUCUCUAAAGCUUCUAAAACUAUUAACUUAAGUGAAGAUAUAUUUGGAGGUUUCAAUUCAACAUUACGUGGAGGCAGGAUAACCCAUCAUGAGUACAUACAAGUUGGUAAAGGGAGAGAUGUGGGACUCCACCAAAUCUCUAUGUUUGAGGCCAAAAUCUCAAAUGGAAGUGGGGAACAGAUCUUAAGCCGUGACAUGUAUCGGUUAGGCACGCAGCUCGGUUUUAUCCGGAUGCUGUCUUUAUAUUUCACUACAGUUGGCUUCUAUUUCUGUAGCAUGUUAAUGGUGUUUGCGGUUUAUACAUUUCUCUAUGGCCGGUUGUAUCUCGUUCUUAGUGGGGUUGAAGAAAACCUGUUGAGCCAUACACGUGACACCAAAGCUCUCCACAAUGCUCUCGCUCCUCAGUCGAUCGUGCAGAUUGGCUUCCUAACGGUCUUGCCCACUAUAAUGGUGAUUGGAGUUGAGAACGGAUUCCAUAAUGCACUAUUCGAUUUUGUGUUGAUGCAACUUCGCCUUGCUCCUGUGUUUUUCACAUUUCAACUUGGGACAAGAGUCCACUACUUCGGGAGGACAUUGUUGCAUGGAGGUGCAGGAUACAGAGGAACUGGUCGUGGUUUCGUGAUGGGGUAUGCCAAGUUUUCUGAAAAUUACAGAUUUUAUUCUCGUAGUCACUUCGUGAAGGGUUUCGAGAUGGCCAUCCUCCUUCUUGUGUACCACGGUUUUGGAUCUACACAUCUCCUGGUAACGUUUUCCAUAUGGUUAAUGGUGGGAUCAUGGUUAUUCGUUCCAUUUCUAUUCAACCCUUCUGGUUUUGAAUGGCACAAAAUUCACGAAGACUGGACCGACUGGAUUAAUUGGAUAUAUGACACUGAUUCUGAGGGAAUUAGUGUUCCUCCAGAAAAGAGUUGGAAGUCUUGGUGGAAGAAAGAACAAGAAUAUCUCCAAGACUCAGGGACAUUUGGUUUUAUGUGUGAGAUUGUUUUAGCAUCUCGUUUCUUCAUUUUCCCAUAUUGGCUCGUGUAUCUGCUCACUCCUUUUGAAAAGAAUCAGAGCAUAUGG